AUGCCCUCGCCCACGCACAACAGAUCCCUUUACAUUAACCUGGCCGACGAGAGGAUCUAUCGGUCGGCCUUCAACCUCACGCGACCGCUCCUGCUCCAGAGAAUGCGUUACGUUGAGCACAUGCUGGCUUUCCUGCAGCACGCGGAGCUGAAGACCUUCCCGCUGAUGGAGCAGGUGCUGCGUGUGAGCUGCGCCCAGGAGGGCAGCUUUGUAAAGACCUUCCCGCUGAUGGAGCAGGUGCUGCGUGUGAGCUGCGCCCAGGACAGCGCGGCAAACUUGGCUGGCGGGUACCGCUUCCGGAAGGCUGCGGCAACGACCUCCUCCACUUCCAGCGGCAGCGAACGAGCGAGCACGACGCCACCGCGGAACGGAAGCGGGACGGAAGCGACGGCCGCACACGACGCGCGUGGAGCUGAGGCGGAGGAGGCCAGGGCGCGGUGUGGAGAGGCGGCGGAGGAGGACAGGCUGAGGAACGAGCGCGCGCGUGCCGCGGCUGCCCUUCGCGAGGAGCAACGAUCUCGUGUCCUCGCGGCGCUUGCGAGCGGCCCGCGGCUCGUGGUCGACCUCGCUCCCGCGUACACCGCCCUCAUGUCCGCGCGGCACCGCCGCUCGCUCUCGCAGCAGCUCGGCCGAUGUUGGGCCCUCAAUCGGCGGGCGCCGGCGCCGUUUGCGAUGCACCUCGCCUCGCUGCGGACGUGCCCGGCGGAGUGCUUACCGGCCGGCGGCGAGCACGAGCGGUGGCUGGUGGGGCGGCUCGACGGCGAAGUGAGCGACCACUUUGGGAGAGAAGGCAAGCUGCUGCUCGAGGCGCGCAUCGUCUAUCUCUCCCCGGACGCGGAGGAGGUGCUGGAGGUGCCGUGGGAUUCGGAGAGCGCCAGAGCGCCGCUCGAGGCGGAGAAGACGUACGUGAUCGGCGGCCGCUCUUCCCAGCCGGUGGACCGUGCGGGCGUGCUCACGCUGCCCGCAGCGGUGGACGUGCUGCUUCGCGUGCACGCGGGCGCCAGCUGGAGUCAGGCCAUGCGCGCGGCGCUGCCGCCUCGUUUCUUCCUCUCGGCGGAGGAGGAGGCGGAGGCCCGAGCCAAGAGGCAAAGAGCCAAAGAACAAAGCCGAAGGACUACCAAAAACAGCAAACUGGGUUUCAUGACUUUCAAACUCGCAUAUGUCUAG